UCUAAAACUCUCGAGGACCGUUAGGCCAUUGACGGAGUCGAACAGACUUGCAUACAACAAACAGCAGUAUAAACAGCCGUAGCAGCAGCUAGGACAAGAGGCCAAAGUAGAUUCCAAAUGCACGAUUUAGACCAUCGUAUUAUCGAUGUUCGUGCCUAUUUCAAUCCUAAGUUGCUUUUCCAUAGAUGGCUGUAGUGCUUAUUGAGUUUCAGGAGUUAGGGCUAUGUGGCUUGGUGCUAUUUGCAUCAAAACGAAUAAUGUUCUUGGAAGUCGAUUGUGUGUAAUCAGCCUGAGCAGACAGGACUUUAGAGCUCUACUAUUUGAUAGCGAGAUUUCUCGAGACGGGACCGUGCGAAGCGGCUGCAAGGGUUCUCCGACAAGAAAUCAACGAACACAGGCUACUGCCACAGCGAACAGAUUGGGAAAACGGACGCCACGAUGUUACUGUCGAAGAAAUGGUGGAGAGAUGGCCAGUACAGUCGGAUCAUCUUCUCCGGAUGUGCGAAAACCUGGUCACCCAGUUAUCUAUCACAGUACCCACAACGCUGCCUCGUGCACCGCCAACACUUUUGGGAUGUGGCCGAUAUUCAGUUCUUCGGACUAAGGAGUCGGUGGCGUCGAAAAGACCGCUGCGAACGGGCGAAUAUCUCCAUAAGCGACUCGAUCGUCGUCCGUUGAACAUGUCCACAACUCAGUGUCCUUCUUUAGCGCUGCUCAUCGAAGGCUCAAAAGUGAACCCGCACAGAAACAUGAUGAGCGCCGUGCCAAUAAGCUGGUACAGUGGAUCGAGCUUGUAUCGUCGAAUUAUGGGUCAUCUGCAAGCAGUGUACUGUGUGCUUUUCGAUCAUACCGGAAGGUACAUAUUCACGGGAGCCGAUGAUCAUCUAGUCAAAAUUUGGAGCGCAACGGAUGGCCGUCUGAGGGCAACUCUACGAGGUCAUCAAUCGGAAAUCACCGAUUUGUCUCUGAGUCCCGACAACAGUUUGCUCGCAUCCGGUUCCCUAGAUAAAACAAUUCGUGUUUGGUGUCUGCGCACUCUGCGACCUGUGGCCGUCCUGAUAGGACACGGAACAACGGUCACCUCCUUGAAAUUUUGCCCUUCGGUACGGCAGGACAAAUCUUUUCUAUCAUCUACUGCCCAGGACGGUCUAUGCUUCUGGGAAUAUGAUCGACGUAAAAGGACGUUCCAAAGCGAACCGCGCCGCUUCAUAGAUCGCACGAGGACUCAAGUUCUUUGUCAGUCCUUCAGUCCAGGAGGCACACUUUUAGCGACUGGAUGUCAAGAUCAUAUGGUGCGAAUAUACCAGGUCUUUAAACCGAACGAAUCGUUGAGCUGCAAACAGGAACCUGAGAGAAUCGCCGAGCUAUCUAGGCAUACGGAUCGUGUAGACUCAAUUCAGUUUGCCAAUAACGACAUGCGACUCAUUAGUGGAUCCAAGGAUGGCACAGCGAAUAUUUGGUCGUUCAAGGCGAAUCGGUGGACGGCUAUUACGCUCAAAAUGACAACAGUCCUGGAGCCGCAAGCUGGCACGGCGCCCAACCAUACGAUGAAGGUCAACAUGGUGGCUUGGACUCGGGAUGAUUCGAAAGUGCUCACUACCGUGCGAGACCAUUCCAUAAAGGUCUGGAAUAGCUACACGGGCCAACUGCUGGCCGUUCUCAAAGGUCAUGAGGACGACGUGUAUGCACUUGAGUGUCACCCGACAGAUCGACGCAUAUUGUAUACAGGCGGCCACGAUGGUCGUGUAAUAAUUUGGGAUAUGACGACGUCGAAAGCAAUUAAAACUUUUUUCAACUUUUUUGAGGGCCAAGGCUUCGGUGCGAUGUUCGACCUGAAAGUUUCUCCUAACGGACUGACCUUCUGUGCUACUGACUCGCACGGCCAUCUCUCGAUCUAUGGUAUUGGUAGCGGCGAGGCCUACCAGAAAGUGCCAGUCGAGCAGUUCUUUCACACUGAUUACCGCCCUUUGAUACGUGAUGCUAAUCAUCACGUACUCGAUGAACAGAGCCAGCUAGCUCCGCACUUGCUACCGCCACCUUUUCUUGUUGACAUUGACGGUAAUCCGUAUCCGGCCGCAAUUCAACGCCUUGUACCUGGUCGAGAAAACUGUCCUGAAAAUUUGCUUGUCCCUGUUAUGGCACAGAUUGUUCGCGACAACCCCGCUGACGGACCUGAACAGGAGCCAGCUGGUAUUGGGGUAGUGAACAGGCGACUGAACAUUGACGAUAUGAUUCAACGGCUACAGCAGCAACAAGGCGAAGAGCAGGCGGGACCAGCUAUCCCGUCUAAUGACGGUCCACGGAUGCCACCUGCUCGAGGGAUGCCUGGCACCCCGUCAAGUCGAGGAGGCAUGCGCCGUGAUGGAGAGGUCGAGGGCGUUCGACAAGGAGGUAACAACUGGCAACAACUCCAAUCCGGCGCAACGUCUGAAACUUCAAGUGCACAGUCAUCAGGGUUGAAUAAGCGUCCGGUUAUGGAGCAAAUGAAAGAAGCGGAACUCGAACGUGAACUGGAGCGCAUGCGGCUGUUGGCUGACACUGAGAUUGUAGAGUUUAUAAGGGAAAAACGUAAGGAUCAGCCUGUUGAAAAUGGCGGACAGCGCAGUUACGGAUUACGGCAGAAAGAGAAUAAGGCAGCUACAAGCGGCUCUAGCCGAAGCCGACGCGGCGUUAUGACUUUGAGCUUACUAUCAUCGCAGAACAGCUCGCGAUCUUCACGUUCGGCCGCUGCCGCAGUCGCUGAGGAUGAGAUGGAAAUGGAUGACGACGAUUUCGAGGAGGUCGGAGAGAGCGAUUCUGAUUACGAACAAGAUUCAUCCGGAAGAGAUCGCACGAGGAACCGCAACAACGCCAGCAGUCACACAAACGGGAGCAGUCGGAACAGUCAUGCGACGAGUAGUGGAGGUCGAGGCGGUGGUGCUGGUGGCGGGAGCAGCAGCGGCGGCGGCGGCAGAGACGCAACUGGCCACAGCGGCAGCGGUGGCGCCUCAGGCCCAGCCGGCUCGAGUCGCCAGAGAGGCACCCGGAACUAUCGUCUUCGUCCAAGGCAAGCCCCCAGGGCAAAUGCGACGUUUGAUUCUGACGACGGAAGUCUACUCGGUUCCUUUUCGUCAAGCCAUUCUUCUAAUGCAACACGCAGUCGACGUAAUGCUGUGCGGGAAGAGCCAACCAGUGCUCAGCCAUCGACACCGAGUAGCAGUGAGGAGACAGACGAGCGAUCAGAGGAGAGUAGCCAGGACGACGAUACCGGGGGUGCGGACGGCGGCGGUGACGCCGACAAUACGCCAACGUCGGAUCAUCAACAGAAUGACGGCACUAGUGGCAGCAGCGGAAGCAGUGGCAGUGCCAGUGUGCGAAGAUCUGUUCGCCAUCGUCAGCCGCCCGAGCGCAAACGGCCACAAGAGCGUCGCCAAACUUCGAGAUCAGCGACGGCUGCCGGAGGCGGUAAUAGCAGCAGUGGUAGUAGUAGUAGUGCUAAACGGAGACAACCUUUGAGAAGCGGAGCUGGCCAGAGGACGACUGAAAGGAGACGUGACAGGCGCCGUGACGAUGAAGAUGAUGACAGCCUGGAACAUGACGGCGAGGCGGUCAAUGACCUGAGUCCCCAGAACCAGCGGGACCAUCACCAGCAUCACCAUCGUCAUCGGCUAUCUGCUGGCGGUGACCAUUCGCACGGUUCGUCAGCAAGAACAUCAAGCGGUAACGGCAACGUACGAGAAGUUCCCGAAAAGUUUCGAUUUCCGGACUGGCUCACGGAUACGAUGCCGCGACGAACGCCGUACUUACCGCAAGUGGGCGAUAUAAUCAUGUACUUCCAGCAGGGUCAUCAGUUGUACUGCGAUGCUGUACGUCGUCUAAAGCUCUACAAGGCCGGAAAACAUCACCAAUUCGUUUGGAAUAAACGACUGCGCGAACAGGAGAAGGUUCGCGUUCUGAAUGUUCGCUUCGAACUACUACCGCCGCGGUUGUGCUGUGUCCAGGUUGAGUGCACAGAUCCCGUCGAUGCUGGCUGUGCUGAGCCGUUCUGGAUCCGCUACCAUGAUACGUCAGACGUAAUCGACUUUCUCGUAUUGUACCAGAGCUUCCAGACGGCCAUGCUACGUGACUGGAAACCGGGUGAUCGUUUUCGCUCCAUCAUCGAGGAUCAGUGGUGGCUUGGAACGAUUACUCAACAUGAGCCAAUACAGUCAGAGUUUCCUGAUUCAAUGUUCCAGUGUUUCAUUGUUCGCUGGGACAACGGCGAGGAAGAACGAAUGUCCCCGUGGGACUUUGAGCAAAUCGACCACACCCGUCUACCGGCCGUGGAAGGCACAGGCGUAGACAUCAGUCCUGAGGAACGAGAAGCUAUGCAAUACGUUCCUUCGCAGGAAGAUUUCAACAUCGAGUCUCGAGACGCAUUCAGAACGCGAAUGAUGACAGGUUUAGAUAGGGUAAUGGGACUGGCAAUAGCUGAACCAUUCCUAGUCCCUGUCGAUUUGAACGUUUAUCCUGAUUACGCUAUGAUCAUUGCAUACCCCAUCGAUCUUACAACAAUUCGCUCUCGGCUUGAGAACAACUUCUAUCGGCGCAAAGAGGGUAUUAAAUUUGAUAUUACGUAUGUGGAAUACAAUGCCAACAAGUUCAAUGAGCCCAACUCGGCAAUUGUGAAACAGGCCUCGCUGAUAACGCGAGUGUUGUUGGCAUAUGUAAACGAUAUGACUUGUGACGAUCCGAUCACGAUCUAUCAGCGUCUCAAUGGCGAGACUGUAGCGCCGAAAGGCAACAUUAGUUCGGACGACUCUGGAUGCUCUGGACCAAGUAGGAGGCUGUACCUAAGCGGUUCUCUAUAUUCGGCGUCACGCUCAAGUCCGAAGAAAGCACGUGAAGAGGUUCGUCGUCCAACAACUCGUACGACCUCGAAUUGGCGUGAUCGUUGCGCCUUGUUAAUUGCCAUGCUGAAUCAAAUUGAAGAUUCUCAGCCCUUCAGACAACCUGUUGACUUAGACGAAUUUCAAGAUUAUUUAGAAGUAGUGGAUAUGCCUAUGGAUCUAUCAACCGUGAGUCAAAAAUUGACAAACGCCGAUUAUGCUACCCCCGAAGAAUUCGCUAGCGAUAUGCAGCUCAUUUUUACCAACUCAAAAAAUUAUAACACCAACAAGCGUUCGAGAAUCUACUCGAUGACAUGUCGGCUGUCAGCAAUGUUCGAAAAUGAAAUGAGAGCCAUCAUGCAUGAGCAUCGUGCAGCCAUGAAGCGAUUACAAGGACGCAAAACUUACGGGGAAGACGACAGUGAUGAGGAGGACGAUGAUGAUAUGGAGGAAAUUGACUCCGAAGAGAUCCGACCCCGAAGUCGAUCUCACCCGCAGCAGCAACAUUCGAGGAACGGCACAGGGUCAUCUGGGUAUAGCAACGGACGACGUUCUGGACAUUCGAUUGUCGCCAACGGCUAUCACCGGAAUGGGCACCACACUGCAAGUGGGUCGGGCAUGUCAACGAGUGGCGGUGCGGGAAGUCGCUCGUUACGGAGGCAUCACCGUGUCAUUGAAAGUGACGACGACCAUGGAGAAGACGAUCUCGAUCAGGAAAAUACUGACGGGGUGAAUUCAUCCUCUGCCAAGAGUACGAGAUCUGGACGGAUCGUACGGCCAACUCUGUUCAGAGACAUGGUGUCCAUAAGCGACGCGGAGAGAGCCGAGCGUAGCCGUAAAAGCAGCAGGCAAUCUGGCCGAUCGCAGGAAAGCUCAGACCGCAGAAGACCUAUGGGCUCAGCACAGCGGCGUCAUCAGAUUCGGCCAAGCUCGGGAAAAGUGUCAUUAUCUUCAUCAAGUCAUCAGCGGGAGCAGCGGAAGCGCCCGAUGAUGUUAGCGACGUCGACUGAGGACGAGGAGCCGCAGAGCUCCGGGGAAAGCCACGAACAGCCGCGUCAGGACGGCAGUACACCGACCAGACAACUCGUAACCAGGAGUGGCAGAACGGUCAAACUUAUGGGUACCAGCGGGUCAGCGUCGUCAUCGACGAUCACGUCUCCGUCAACCUCGGCAUCAAACAGUGGUUCGAGUCCAGCAACCUCCGACGACUCCGGCCUGUUGUCUCCCCGAAACAACAAGAAAUCCACAGCCAGCUCGUCGCGCCUUCGGCAUCGACCGCCGCCCCCUAAAAAGGCACGAAUCUCGCAGCGAGGCGGGGCUCAUCGGGAGUCUUCGUACGAGGAAGAAGAUCUCUUCGAGCAACACGACGAGGACGAAGAGGAGGAGGAGGAUGAAGACGAGGCCGACGAGGAGGAAGACGGGACCUCGGAGGAGAUAACAACGGAGGAAUCGCCGGGCCGGAGAGGUGGAGCACGCGGUGGCUCACGUGGCCAACAAAUGGAUGGCGGUGGAGGCCGGCGGACGUCGAGAAAGCAACCACCGUCAUCGACAAGUAAUAACAACAAUAAAAAUAAUAAUAAUAAUAGUAACUCUUCACGACCGGCACGAAGGAUGGUUACGGAAUCGGAUGAUGAUGAAGCAGACAAUGACAAUGCAGAGGAUGACGCGGACAGGACAAGCGAAGGCGUAACCGCAGAAGAAGAAACGCUAUCGCCCUUGACGAGACGGUCAUCGAGAAACAAGGACCAGACCUCGCAUACACCAUUCCAACAAUCGAAGUCUAGCAGCGGUGGACCAGGCACUGACCGGCCGCGAGCGGUGCGAACGGCAGCUCGUACAAAGCGAAUCGUUGUAGAUGAGGAGAGCGAUGCAAAUGACGACGCCUUAGACGACGAAGGCAGUCGAUACGGUUCCCCGCCAUCGAAGAAGCGGAGAGCUGCAAACAGUACCCACCAGGAUGCAACAGCACCGAGAGGUGUCCGUCAGCAGCAUUCGCCUAUCUCCAACGGUAAUGGGAGAAGAGCUAAGCGGCACUCUUCGCCUCAGUCAGACGGGGCAUCUAGGGCAAGCGGAAGGAGCUCAGAGUCCGGGAGCGGAAGUUCUCAGUCACGUCGAAAAGCGGUAACUACGUUGUCGACAAAGACGUCGCCUGGCCAAAUUUCCGAUGCAGGACGCGUGACUCGUACAAAGGGAAGAUCUCACCAUAAGGUUGAUUAUCGCGAGGAUCCUUCCGAUGAAGAUGAGUUUCUAGAUGACGAGAACGACGACGACGAAACGGAGGAUACCGUUGUCACUUCGUCAAAAGGCCGGAUUGUUAAGCUGAGAAGAGACUUCACGCGUGCACUUCGCGAUGCCAGGUGACAGCGCCGCCAUUGCUUCAACCGCACGCUAACAACCCCUGUUACUGGGAGAUCAACGCCACGGGUUAUGCUACAUUCAAAAACGACCAGUGCGACUGCAGGCGGUGGGGCUUUUAAACCCUCGUCAAAAGUCUUUAAUAAUGUCCCACGAAAGAUUAUUGUUUUGCCUAGACGCUGUCUGAGGAGCGCCGAAGUCGUAAUGUUGCUAAGGCAAAGAAUCCCACAAGCAUCGUUGCCGUCGCGAUCAAAAUCGAGGCUAACAACAUAAUAACAAUGAGUGGUCACCUAAGAUUAACGAAAAAGCAUAAGAAGACAUGUGCACCAAACGGCAAAAGAAAGCAGUUGUAUUUUAGUACUACGUAGUCUUAUACGUGAUGACGGAGCAGUUGAAAAAGCUGGAUAAUAACAAUAAUAAUAAUAAUAUUAAUGUAAAAAAAACAAUUAAUUAUGUGUGCAUAACAAUGGUGAGAAGGGCGGCGGAAUUACAUGCGUUUAUAUGAGGAAGUAGAGUGUGCAAAUAUCGUCGUUAAUAUGGCGGUGUGCCACAGAUACCGAAGAUUCGGUAAGGUAGGUGGCUCUGUCCAAAAUUAUAUUUUGGAUAAGAGAAUGUUAUUCACAGUAAAGCGAAAGCAACUAGGGCAUAGCUGAUGACUGUCUUGAUGGGCUGUUAUCACGAACACAGGAGUGCAUCGUCCGAAUGUAAAAGCUUAAUGAGAGAAUCCCUUCGAAAAAGAGCCACUAUAGGUGUAUGAUGCAUAUGGUAAUAUCGAAGAUCAUAAAAGUCUUUAUUAUCAUAUAAAAAUUGAAUUAUUACUAUGGCGAUGAUUAGGAUGGUAAUGAUGUGAAUAGCGUAAAACAGUUGUCUAGCAAAGUCAACAGUGAACGCGACAAGUCAUACUUACCUAAUGUUUUUUCAGCAUUAAGUAUGUUUUCGGCUUUUCAGUCAAUAAGUAACCCGUGUAUUAAUUCGUUAAGCAUAAUUUCAUUCGUUAAUAAUAUUAUAAUAUAGUGUUAUUAUGUUACUCUAUGCUGAUGAUAUGGCAAAAGAAUGCUACACCAUUUAAUAUUGAAUUCAACCUAUAUGCGGAUGAUCACUUACAACGUGGGAAUACGUUCAAGUACGAUUAAUAACUAAUUGUAUAUACCAUUAUAUUACUUGCACUUAAGAGAUUUAUAUGUUCUCUGAUCAUUCGCCACCUGAGUAAUAAAACACGUAGCACCAUUUGCAUCCUGAACAUUAACACGAAUGAGACACUCGAAGGAGAACUGAAAUUACAAUUGUUUAAGAAUACGUUCGAUGUAACGUAUCAAAAAGAAUAAGUUCAUGAAAAAUUGUGUAUGUAAUAAGCUACUAACCGAGAACAACGUAAGCACAACCUCUGAAAAUGGUAUCGUACGUGAGUUCUUAUGGGGUUGGUAACAAGGAAAACGUAUGUGAUUGCUCUAACAAAUGAGAGUAAAUGGUCUAAAUACAACAUAAUAAUAAUAAUAAUAAUAAUAAUAAUAAUGAUAAUAAUAAUAAGAAGAAGAAGAAGACGAAGAAG